CCAUGCGUCCCCAGUAUCCCCCGGCCUGGCCCACUGCCCCCACGCCGCUCUGCUGACAGCCCAGCCCGCGCCUCGACAGGGGGAAGUUGUGGCGGCUGGCGGCCGGGGAGGUCAGGAGUCCCCGCGGGGAGCGCAGCGACGCGCCCCCCGCCCCCGCGCGCCUCGCUGCAGCCGGGCGCCCGCUUACCUGCCCCCCACCGUCCCUCCCUUUUCUCCUCAAGUCCUGAAGUUGAGUUUUCGAGGCGACACGGCGGCGGCGGCCACGCUGCUCCCGCUCCUCUGUCUCCCCAUGGAUAUGCACUGCAAAGCAGACCCCUUCUCCGCGAUGCACCCAGGGCACGGGGGUGUGAACCAGCUUGGGGGGGUGUUUGUGAACGGCCGGCCCCUGCCCGACGUGGUGAGGCAGCGCAUCGUGGAGCUGGCCCACCAGGGUGUGAGGCCCUGCGACAUCUCCCGGCAGUUGCGGGUCAGCCACGGCUGUGUGAGCAAAAUCCUGGGCAGGUACUACGAGACAGGCAGCAUCAAGCCAGGUGUGAUCGGAGGCUCUAAACCCAAAGUGGCCACGCCCAAAGUGGUGGACAAGAUUGCUGAGUACAAGCGACAGAACCCGACUAUGUUUGCCUGGGAGAUCCGAGACCGGCUUCUGGCCGAGGGCAUCUGCGACAACGACACAGUGCCUAGCGUCUCCUCCAUCAACAGGAUCAUCCGGACCAAAGUUCAACAGCCUUUCCACCCAACACCGGAUGGGGCUGGAACAGGAGUGACUGCCCCUGGCCACACCAUCGUUCCCAGCACAGCCUCCCCUCCUGUCUCCAGCGCCUCCAAUGAUCCAGUGGGAUCCUACUCCAUCAAUGGGAUCCUGGGGAUUCCUCGCUCCAAUGGUGAGAAGAGGAAACGUGAUGAAGUCGAGGUAUACACUGAUCCUGCCCACAUUAGAGGAGGUGGAGGUUUGCAUCUGGUCUGGACUUUAAGAGAUGUGUCCGAGGGCUCAGUCCCCAAUGGAGACUCCCAGAGUGGCGUGGACAGUUUGCGGAAGCACUUGCGAGCCGACACGUUCACUCAGCAGCAGCUGGAAGCCUUGGAUCGGGUCUUUGAGCGCCCUUCCUAUCCCGACGUCUUCCAGGCAUCAGAACACAUCAAAUCCGAACAGGGGAAUGAGUACUCCCUCCCAGCCCUGACCCCUGGGCUUGAUGAAGUCAAGUCGAGUCUAUCUGCAUCGGCCAACCCGGAGCUGAGCAGCAAUGUAUCAGGCACACAGACAUACCCUGUUGUGACCGGUCGUGACAUGGCGAGCACCACUCUGCCUGGUUACCCCCCUCACGUGCCCCCCACUGGCCAGGGAAGCUAUCCCACCUCCACCCUGGCAGGAAUGGUGCCUGGGAGCGAGUUCUCCGGCAACCCAUACAGCCACCCCCAGUACACCGCCUACAACGAGGCUUGGAGAUUCAGCAACCCCGCCUUACUAAUGCCGCCCCCCGGGGCUCCGCCCCUGCCGCUGCUGCCGCUGCCUAUGACCGCCACUAGUUACCGCGGGGACCACAUCAAGCUUCAGGCCGACAGCUUCGGCCUCCACAUCGUCCCCGUCUGA